AUGGAGUCCGACAAGCGCACGGGGACGCCUUCUCCCCUUCUCCCCCGGACCGCCUCCACCGUCACCUACUGCUGCGGGCGGUGCGGGUACGACCUGAAGCUGAGCUCGUCGGCGCGGGACACGGCGGGGAUCGUGGGGGCCGGCGCCGGCGGGGCGAGGCGGCGGGGCUGGCGGGGCGCGGCGGUGGUGGUGUUCGACGCCAUCGACGACGCGCGGUUCGGCCACCUCGACGAGUUCCGCUGCCUCGACCUGCGCGCGCGCCGCCUCUUCGCGCGCCGCACGCGCCUGCUCUGCCGCAAGUGCGGCGCGCACCUCGGCUUCGGCUACGACGACAACACCACCGCCACCAGGCCGCCGCGGUACCACAUCAAGAUCCGGGCACUCCACCCCGCCUCCUCCGAUGACGCCUUCUCCGGCGCCGCCACGCCGCCUCCGCCGUCCCACGCGCCGGCGGAUCCGCGAUCGUGA